AUGCCGAGCGGUAAGUGAGCGCCACCAUAUGAGCAACCGCCCCACUAGCUGCAUGACUUUGCGUUUGUAUGGUGAUUGCAACGUAGGAUCGCUAUUGGUGGAUGCUCUUCAAUUUGGCGAGGAAUACACUGCUAGCGACGGUGCCCAUCUUCUUAUGGCACGACGGGGCGUUGGAAUGCUUUUGCGCCAAACUGAUCAUCAUCUUCUCUCUCGUCUGCCAUCUGCUUGCUUGGCCUUGGAGAACGCCCGCCAGUAAGAAAAAGAUGUUUCCCUCUCCAUGUCUCUGUUUUUGCCGCGAUUCUGCAUGCAGGCAACUACCUCGAGCUCAUGUACAAUGUUCUCUUGUUGAUUCUCCUGAUGUACGUGCACAUUCUUUUUCACGAAAAAGCGAGCCCCUAUUGAUAUAUAUAUGUGGCAUAUGCUCACCAGGGUCGGGUCAUAUUGGGCUGAACGACGGUCAGGAUCGCUCCCAUUCUUCCAGAGGCUUGUCUGGACUACCACUUUGAUUGGCAUUGUCGGAACUGUCGCGGCUGUGGGGUGCGCCAGCCACAGAAAGUACAUGAACCACCAGCCAACACAUAUGUUUCCUUGUUUUUCUUCAGGUAUUCGGUGCUUUGGACUUGCAAGCGUGGUCCAUUGAGGCAGGCGCGGGCCAACUUUGUGCAGGUGGAUGCACACAGAAGAAACCCUCAACUCUCAUCGUGCUGCAUUGUACGCUGCUGGCUCGUGCAGCGGGUUGUGGACGACAUGCAUAUCACAUCGCAUGCGAUUGUCAGCUUCCUCCAGGGCGGGCACCGACAGCCGCUGCCAUCCCUACCCUCUUUUAGAGAGCAUGGCGACGGCACUGCACUUGACAGAAGCAUGGCCCCCUCGAGCCGCGUGGAUGAGCCACUGCCGCGCGAGGUUUAUUUGAAGGCAGCUGUGAAUCGGCUACACCGCGUCGAUCUCAAGGCCAUCAACGAUGCGCACCAGGUGAAUGGCCAUCAGGAGAAUGGACCUGACACCGUCGAGCUGUGAAUCGGCUCAUCAGGUCAUUGCGGUUGAAAUUCUGCCCUUCAUCGAGCUCCUUGACUCCCAGUCGAGGCGGUACUUAGCCCAGCACAGCGCUUGUGAAUGCACACAUACUUCUGCACGAUGUCUCUGCCACAAAUGGAUGUGUGUGCAGGCCGGGCAUGCCAGGCGACAGCCGGCACGCCCGCCGCCGCACUCGGCGUAUUUUUCUCGCCGAAUUUGACCACGUCUAUGACCAUCUUCUCAAGACCGCAGGCCACCUCAACCGUCCGGCCGACACUAGUGGUAACCUUGCUCGGGACCUUCCCCGGCGCAGGAGCCGCAGCUUUUCCGAAAGAGCCGCGGACGACGGCCAAGACGACGACAGCAACAAUGCAGAAAGUGAUGUGCCGGCGCCCUCUCGACCUGAUGAAGGAAUGGCGCCUCCUUGUGAGCCGCCCGCCGCCGCGUCGCUGCCAUGGACAACGGGAGACACCAAGCUAGACCCCACCCGACUCAGGCGAGGGAGCUUCGCCUCUUGCAGCACGAUCAGCGACUUUUAUCAAUUGGAAGCCGCCAAGAAGGAUGGUAGACCGCCGCAGCACCGCAAGGCGGACAUACGACGAGAAGACACCCAUGGGUUUGUGAGAGACACGAUGUGGCUUGAGCGGAAGUGCUCUCCACUGCUGUGGCCGGCCGAACCAAGUCAGACUCACCCGGCUCGGUCCGAUCGUGUGCGGGCGUCUUCUGCGAGGCCUCAGCAGCAGCUGGAGGGCGAUGAUGCAAUCGAGGGCAUAUCUGUGUCGAGCGGUGGCAGCCACGAUUCUCUAUCUUGCUGA